GAAGAGACCAGUUUCUAUAUCACUGCUUGGUGCAUAGUUCAUAUAGAAUGCCUAGGAUACCAAGGAUUGUGCCAUGGUCUUCCUACCAAGAGCUUGAAGAUGUCUACAACAUGUUAUACUUUGAUGGGCCAGAAGCUGAAUAUCGACGAGAUCUUGGAGUCCAAAGAGUCAAAGCAUGGAAGAGUCGAGGCAAAGUACCGCAUGCAAUUCAAAUGACAGCCAACUUCAUAGAAGUACAGCUUCGAGACCAAUUUGCUGUAGGACCUGCCAGGAUAAGUCAACAUGAACUACGACUUAUGUAUACGAUGUCUUUUGUUCGUUUUGUCAAUGGUAUAGUCGAUCCUGCUCAGAAAGGACAAUUCGCUGUGUCUGUCAGUGUUCUUGCCGAACGACUACAGCUGCCAUUGUGGUUCGUAGAACUCAGACAUGCUGGAACCCACGAAUAUCUUCCAAGCCUACAGGUGCUACGAAACGGGUGUAGACAGGCUCUUAUGUGGCUACAUGAUUUUUAUUGGAUGGUUGCUCUAAAACCAGAUGGAUCUGCCCCUCUUACGAAAAGCAGUAUGGGCAAAAUAAGAGAUAUGCUUGGAGCCUACAAGGAUGCGCGAAAGAAGCAACUAAAAGAAAUGCGGACCAUAAAAAGCACCGAAUCACGCGAAUGCAGUAAGGCUAUCAAGAAGAUAGUUACAAGCAUCUCAACAGAUGUUAUCCGCGAUGGAUUGAUACCCGUUCUAAUCGAUAUCGGUGGCAUUGUGCCCGCUGGUAAAAAAAAACGUCCAACUACUAAAGCGAUGUCUUUGUCGGAAGACCUGAUUGAUUUGUGGUCGCCACUACUCCGAAACUUGGACAUUAAUUUUGGGGCAUUUGCUGAGGAAUUCAUCGCAGCCUUAUUAGUUAAGCUAACAUUGGAAGAAGACAUUGGUAUCGACAAAAAUCUAAUUGGCCCAUUUCCAGCCUUUUUUGAUGCAGUGGACGAGACCGAUAAGAAUCCUGCUCACUCUAGUUCUACUUAUAUGGCAACUAUUGCUGCCUGGCUAAAAUACUUUAUCGAAACAAGUGCGAUUACCCAACACAAUGCGUCCAGCAGUAUUUUACAAGACGUUGUAGUUGAUGACAUUUUAGAGCAUUGUCUCAAAAACCCUAAUUUUUACACUCGACACUUGCUCACUGUUAUUAGCAACACCAAUCCAAAGUUAGGAGAAAGUAUCCAACCGUUCAUGAGCUAUAUUGACAAUGUUUUGAAUACUAGUCAGAAAAAACUUGCCUCAGUACCUGAGUUAAACGAGACGGAUAUGGAGGCAGAGCUCGAGCGCUUGAAUAAUCAUGUCAUGCAGACCAAACAAAUGGCGCUGGAGAACCAUAGUGAUAGGCAAGAUGUAGUCAUGUCAGAAUGCAACGCAAAUGGAUGGUCGCUUUACUCCGAGUCAAAAUGGAGCGCUUGCCCUCUAGGAUGCUUGCCAGACGGCACGGUGCCUAGAUUAGAGAUGCCUUUGGAGCUUGAUUUUGAGCCUGUGAUGCCAGAGAGAUUUGAAAAUUAGAGAGGCAUUUGCUUUAUUUGUAAUGUAAAAUACGCAAUACUUUUUUACAAGCCCAUCGAUACUCUACUCCUUCCC